UACACUAGCGUGUUCUUUCUGCUCUAGGCUCCAAAGCCUGGUCCUUACGUGAAGGAAAUGACUGAUGCUGCCAUGUUUUACACCAACCGGAUCCUCAAGGAGUACAAGGAUGUAGAUAAAAAACAAGUGGACUGGGUGAAAGCUUAUCUGAGCAUCUGGACAGAGCUGCAGGCUUACAUCAAAGAGUUCCACACCACGGGGCUGACCUGGAGCAAAACAGGUCCUGUGGCCACAGCAGGGGCUAAAGCACCGCCUGCCCCCCCGGCUGGGGUUGCACCCCCACCUCCAGGGCCUCCCCCUCCUCCUGCCCCCGUCAGCUCCGGCACCGACGACUCGGCCUCGCGCUCGGCGCUCUUCGCCCAGAUCAACCGGGGAGAAGGGAUCACCUCGGGCUUAAGGCACGUCUCAGAUGAGAUGAAAACCCACAAGAAUCCAGCCCUGAAGAACCAAGGGGGCCCCGUGAGGAGCGGCCCCAAACCUUUCACUGCUCCCAAACCAGCCUGUAAUGCUAAUCCCUCC